UGACCGAUCCGAGGAGCUGCGGUGCAGGACAGAGGAGGAAGUCGAAUCUGUGAGUUGGAAACUGAAACCCGUCUUCUCUUGUGAACCCACCCGGACUGGUUCCUCCGUGGUCCCCCUUUGCUCGGUCCUGUGAUGUCGUCCUGCGGGCUGCUGCUGUGUGUGCUCGCCGGGCUGCAGCUCGGCUCCUGGGCUCAGUACGACCCGGACGAGGUGACGCAUCUGCCGGGCAUGAUGUUCAAGCCCAACUACCGGCAGUGGUCCGGCUACCUGCGGGUGGGACCGGGGAAGUUCUUCCAUUACUGGUUCGUGACCUCUCAGCGGGACCCGCUCAAAGACCCUGUGGUGCUCUGGCUGAAUGGAGGCCCAGGCUGCAGCUCGCUGGAUGGACUCCUGUCAGAGAAUGGACCGUUCCAUGUGAACGAUAACGGGGCCACACUGUACGAGAACAAAUUCAGCUGGAACAAGAUCGCCAACGUGCUGUACCUGGAAUCUCCAGCAGGGGUGGGCUACUCCUACUCUGAUGACGGGGUAUACAAAACCAAUGACAACCAGGUUGCUGCGGACAACUAUGCAGCGCUGCAGGGUUUCUUUACCAAGUUCCCAAAUUUCACUAAAAAUGACUUCUUCAUCUUUGGAGAAAGUUACGGUGGAGUCUAUGCCCCGACCCUCAGCCUGCUGGUGGCUACAGGACCGGCCCACAUCAAUUUCAAGGGCUUCGCAGUGGGAAACGGAAUCAGCAGCUUUGCUCUCAAUGACCAAAGUUUGAUCUACUUUGGUUACUACCACGGCCUCUUUGGAGAAGAUUUGUGGCGGGAUCUGAACAAACACUGCUGUGAGAAGGGGACCUGUAACUUUCACAACUCCACGUUGGAACCCUGCCAGGCGCUGGUGAUGGAGGCCUUCGACAUCGUGUAUAGCAGUGGACUGAAUGAGUACGCCCUCUACUUGGACUGUGAGGGUCCCAAUAGAUUCCACAGAGGCUAUGAGAAGACCAUGAGUCAUCUGUUUAAGAACUACAGGAAACCUCCACAGGGCCACAAGUUUUCAGACAGAGUGACUUCCUCUGUGUCCCUGGGUGAAGUUCCUCCCUGCAUAAACAGCACAGCACAGAUGAACUGGCUGAACAGGGGCGACGUGAAGAAGGCUCUACACAUUCCUGAUGUAUUGCCACCAUGGGACAUCUGCAGUGAUGAUGUUGGAGAGAAUUACACCAACCAGUACCCAACAAUGAAGGAGGUGUAUCUGAAGCUGCUGUCUCUGGGCCUGCGGGCGCUCGUCUACAACGGAGACACUGACAUGGCCUGUAACUUCCUGGGAGACCAGUGGUUUGUGGAGGACCUCGGCAUUAAGGCAACCACAAAGUACCAGCACUGGAUUCAUGAGGACCAGAUUGCAGGAUUCUACCAACAGUUUGGAAACGUAACCUUCCUCACAAUCAAGGGUGCUGGCCACAUGGUUCCCCAGUGGGCUCCAGGUCCAGCUUUUCACAUGUUCCAGUCCUUCCUAACCAACGGCUCCUACUGAGACUGUAUAUGUUCACCUGUAGCCUGCUUCAGAUAAACUGAACCCUGAGAUGAGCAGUGUGAGUUCUCUGUUGUUCCAGAAUAACUGAUCGGAGUUAGUUCCAUCAAUAGAUAUUUACUCUGAGCCUGGUGAAUGGGGAUUAAAAAAAACAUCAUCAGUGGAGGUCUGAAAUUGUGAUUUCAAUUGAGGUUAAAUGGGGGGGGAAAUAAAAGAGCAGAGCUGGAAAGGCUAAUGUGUGGCAAUGUACUUCUUGUCUUUAAACACACAGCAGCCUGUGUCAUAGAAAAGAGUCAGUUAACACGGUUAUAUUGUAUUUGGCCUAGUCCACGUAAUAAAACUACAAUAUUUAGCAGAUUGUAAUUUCCUUAACGGUUUAUAGAUUGCAGGAUUGAACAUUUGAAACUAUUUAUCCAUCUACUUAUAUUAUUUUAGCAUAAGAUUAAAAUGUAGAUCAAACAGUUAUAUAGGUCUGACUGUAACCUCGGUCUGACAGACCCAUAAUUAGUGAUUCAAACUGACUGUAAAUCUUCACAAUUGGGUAACACACAUUGUCCAGAAGGGAUUUAAAUCUUUUCCCCCACAUAAACCUCUGCAAAUGAAUGAGCUCUGAUACCAGUUGUUUACUGAGGGAAUGGCGCACAUAAUCAAACUGCUCCUCUAAGCCCAGCAGGGGGCAACAGAGAAACUAUUUCAUAAAGGUCCAGCGCAAGUUGCUGUAACUGACUAAAUUAUCAGUUUCUGAAACAAGUCUCAUCUCGGGGUUUAAGUCGAUUUCAACUAAACCUGUUUUGCACUUAUCCCGUUUUUACAUUAUUGAUCUCAGGGAAAAUGAUUAAGAGGGAAAAUUACUUAAAGGACGCAUCACUUUCAUUUUUCAUGCAGUUUAUGAACACCUUACCAUUUGUGCAGUUGAUUCCUCUAUCACUUUGGAUGGAGAUGAUUUAAUUGGAGCUUUGGGGAUAUUCACGGCUACAGUAUUGAUAUUUUCAACAAAUGUAGCUGAAGUGAUUAAAGGAGAUGAAUGGAAUGGAACCAGUCCGGGUAAAAGCUGUAACUUUUCAUUUAUCUUUUUAUUAAAUGUUUUUGAACACA